CAAUUUUCACUCUCUACGCACUCUAAACCCCUCAACUCUGCAGCGCCGGUGAGCCAAAACCUUACCGAAAGUCGCUAGCAUGGCUGAAAGAGGAGGAUUUGGACGCGGCUUUGGAGGGCGGGGUCGUGGCGGAGACCGCGGAGGCAGAGGCCGCGGUGGACGCCGUGGCCGCCGUGACACCGAGGAGGAGAAAUGGGUGCCGGUAACAAAGCUUGGCCGGCUCGUUAAGGAAGGGAAGAUCCGAUCUCUAGAGCAAAUUUACCUCCAUUCGCUUCCCGUGAAGGAGUACCAGAUUAUCGAUACCCUAAUUGGCCCGGCUUUGAAGGACGAGGUCAUGAAAAUCAUGCCGGUCCAGAAACAGACCCGGGCCGGGCAGAGGACCCGGUUCAAGGCGUUCGUCGUCGUCGGAGAUGGCAACGGCCACGUCGGACUCGGUGUCAAGUGCUCCAAGGAAGUCGCCACUGCGAUUCGUGGCGCCAUCAUAUUGGCUAAGCUCUCCGUGAUUCCAGUGAGGAGAGGCUACUGGGGUAACAAGAUCGGGAAGCCGCAUACCGUGCCCUGCAAGGUCACCGGAAAGUGUGGAUCAGUCACCGUCCGGAUGGUUCCGGCUCCCCGAGGUGCCGGAAUUGUGGCAGCUAGAGUUCCAAAGAAGGUGCUCCAAUUUGCCGGUAUUGAGGAUGUCUUCACCUCUUCCCGUGGCUCCACAAAGACACUCGGAAACUUCGUUAAGGCUACAUUUGACUGUCUUAUGAGGACGUAUGGUUUCCUUACUCCAGAUUUCUGGAAGGAGACUAAAUUCUCAAGAUCUCCAUUUGAAGAGUUCACGGAUAUCCUAGCCAAGCCAACCACCAAGUAUGUCCAAAUCGAAGAGGUUACUGAUAAGGUUGAAGCAUAGACGGGUUGAUUAGAUUUUGUUAAUUCAAGAUUUUGAAUGCAUUAUUAAUGUUUUAGAGAUAGAUAAGAUACAAACCAGUUUUGUUCUGUUUUUUGGACACAAGUUUAUCUCCACAUGUUCACUAGAGCUUCUCCCAUUUUUAGUGAAUCUUUAUACAUCACUUAUUCUUAAAUGGCCUAGCAUUUGUCCCACUGUUUCAUGGAA